UUUGUGCUUGGAAGUCAGAUCACGAAUAAAUUUCAGUGAAUAUGCAUUACGCCAAUACCAGCUAAUCCUUGACCCUGAUUUUCUUUUCAUCACGAUGACCAGAGCUGAUCUGACAAAACAGAGACCAGAGCAGGUUGUUCCUGUCCUCUCUUGCUCUUUCUUCACCAGAACCUACUGCUUUAUCCUGGCAAACCAAAGCUUAAGCUUCUGUUUCCAUGCUAAUUUCCCGAGGAAACCAUGCAGCUACUCAGUAGCUCUAGCUGGAACCUGUUUCCCAUACCUUCCAUUUGUUUGACUAUUGUGCUACUGGUCUCCUUGGCUUCUCACACCAGCUCCUGCACGGAGCAGGAGAAGAGCUCGCUUCUCCAGUUCCUCGCUGGGCUAUCGCGGGACGGUAGCCUCACGGCGUCAUGGCGGCACGACACCGACUGCUGCACAUGGGAAGGGAUCACCUGCAACCAAGAUAGGAAGGUCACCGAUGUUUUGCUGGCUUCUCGAGGCCUUGAGGGGUCCAUCUCGCCGUUCCUUGGCAACCUCACUGGCCUCUUGCACGUCAACCUGUCGCGCAAUUCGCUGUCUGGCGGCUUGCCGCCAAAAUUGGUGUCAUCCAACAGCAUCCUUGUCCUUGACGUCAGCUUCAACCGCCUCACAGGAGGCCUGAGUGAGCUGCCAUCUUCAACCCAUGCACGACCUCUGCAGGUACUGAACAUCUCAAGUAACUUGUUUACAGGAAGAUUUCCAUCCACUAUAUGGGAGGUGAUGAAGAGCCUGGUGUCGCUCAAUGCCAGCACCAACAGUUUUACAGGACAGAUUCCAAUUACCCCAUGUGUUAGUGCACCAUCUUUUGCUGUGCUUGAACUCAGUUUUAACCAAUUAAGUGGAAACAUCCCUCAGGGGCUCGGUAAUUGCUCCAUGCUGAAGUUGCUCAGCGCUGGCUACAACAAUCUCGGUGGGUCUCUUCCAGAUGAAAUUUUCAAUAUUAGCUCGUUAGAGCGCCUCUAUUUACAUAGAAAUUUGUUAGAAGGGGCUCUCAGUGGCAUCAGCAAGCUCACAAAUCUGGUCACCCUUGAUCUUGGGGGGAAUAGGUUUACCGGCAAUAUUCCAGAGUCUAUAGGUGAUCUGAAGAGAUUGGAGGAGCUGCACUUGGACCACAACAACAUAUCAGGGGAGCUGCCAGCAGCUCUAAGCAACUGCACAAAUCUCGUAACAAUUGAUCUCAAGAGCAACCAUUUCAGUGGAAAACUUACCAGGAUCAACUUCAUAAGGCUUCCCAAUCUGAAGAAAUUAGAUCUUCUUUUUAACGACUUCACCGGCACAAUUCCAGAAAGCAUAUACUCCUGUAGCAAGCUGACUGCACUAAGGCUAUCUUACAACCAUUUCAAUGGUCAACUGUCAGAAAAAAUAGGCAAUCUGAAGUCCCUCUCAUUCUUAUCACUUGCUAAUAACUCUCUUACAAAUAUCACAAGAACACUUCAGAUCCUUGGGAGUUCCAGGAGCCUCACCAUCCUUUAUAUUGGGUUCAACUUCCGGCAUGAGACCAUGCCAGAGGGUGACAGCAUUGAUGGUUUUGAGAAUCUCCAGGUUCUUUCUGUCAAUGAUUGUUCAUUGUCUGGAAGAAUACCUGAUUGGUUAUCAAAGCUCACAAAUUUGGGGAUGCUAUUUUUGCAAAACAAUCAACUAACUGGACCAAUACCUGACUGGAUCAGCAGCCUAAACUUGCUCUUCCAUCUAGAUAUAUCAAACAACAGCCUUACAGGGCAAAUUCCAAGUGCCUUAAUGGAAAUGCCAAUGCUAGAAUCAGAUAACACUGCACCAAAGGUCUUCUUUGAGCUGCCUGUUUGGAACAAGAACACAUUAAUGCAAUACCUCAUGCUCAGUGCUUUUCCUAAAGUGCUUAAUCUAGCCAUCAAUAAUUUCACUGGUCUAAUCCCGGAGGAGAUUGGUCAGUUAAAAGCACUCGUCAUGCUCAAUUUAAGCUCCAAUGAGUUAUCUGGAGAGAUCCCUCAAACGAUCAGCAACCUCAAGAACCUGCAGGUGCUCGACUUGUCUGUUAAUCGUCUUACUGGUGUAAUUCCAGCUGCACUGAACAAUCUGAACUUCCUUUCUGAGUUUGACAUUUCUAAUAAUGACCUAGAAGGCCCUAUUCCAACUGGGGGGCAGCUUAGCACGUUUGCAGAUUCAAGCUUUGAUGGAAACUCAAAACUGUGUGGUCCUAUGACUCUAAGCCGCUGUGGCUCAGAAGGAGCAGGUCCAACAUCCAUUUCCUACACAAAACAGUUCAGAUGUAAGGUCAUCUUCGCGAUCUCUUUUGGUGUUUUCUUUGGAGUCGGAGUGCUAUAUGAUCAGAUGAUUUUAGCUAAAUAUUUUGGCUAAACCAUGGCAAUUGUUACACUGCAAUGAACUGUGACAUAACCUAAAGUGGUUCUCAAUUCAGCAUGACCAAGUCAGUGGCUCCGGCUCCAGCAAAAUCAACAUCCCUGGCAAGUCUGGCAUCUCUAGUUAUUGACGUUCAAUCUGUACUCUAUGUAAAUGAAAUAAUUAGUGAGUGAGAAACGUCAACAGUGUGUAACUAUUUGUUCAGUAUUACU